AUUACUUGUUUGUAACCUUGCUGACAAACGUCUGUAAAUCGUCGAUUCGGAUAGUCUCAGUUGCGGAUUUACUUUUAAGUUCACAACUUUUUUACCAAAUGAUUUGUUUGUGACAUCAUUUCUUCAUUUUAAAUGGAUAGUCCGUGUGGAACACAUGUCUAGAAAUGAGUAAAUAUGAUCGUUACGAACGCGGUAAGAAUGACAGAAAAAGAAAAACAUCUCGAUCUAAGGAACGCUCGGAUGACACUAACAGCAGACAGUAUUAUAGAGACAAUUUGGAAGAUGAUGACAAACGAGAUGGUUGUUCCACAGGAGAGUUUAGUUUUCUGAAGUACAAACAAUCUUUGAAUAAAAUAUUCUUUCGGGACCAGGAUUUCAUAAGAAGGGGAACCAAAGAAUAUGAUGAUUUCUGGCUGUUUGUUGAAAAAUAUGAGAAGUUUCAGCAAAAACAAAAGCGCAAACCAGCCAAUGCAGAUGGUGGUCAGAAAGAAAGCAAGCUUGGGAUUCCAGGCCACUAUGACAAGCGAUACAGGAUUAAUGUGACAUUAGUGAACAGGGAUGUUGAAGAUUUCCUCAAAAAAGGAAGACUGGCAGAUGCCGACAUUGAUGAGGCUAUCACCAAGGACAAGGUGAAAGAGUUCAAGGCCAUCAUGCUUCACUACACGGACUUCCAACAGAAGCAGAAGCUUGCCAAGCUGAAGAAGGUGAAGACUGACCAGGAGAACCUCCCCAUCUACCAGUACAGGCAGCACAUAGUGGACACUGUCCGAGAGCACCAGGUGGUCAUCAUAGCUGGGGACACUGGCUGCGGAAAAUCUACACAGGUCCCUCAGUACCUUCUCCAUGCAUCCUUCACUAACAUCGCGUGCACUCAGCCUCGCAGGAUUGCCUGUGUCUCACUCUCCAAGCGUGUCGGCUAUGAGACACUCAAUGAGUAUGGCACUGAGGUGGCCUUCCAGGUCAGAUUUGAGAAAACAAAGACCAGAAACACUAAAAUACUGUUUUUAACAGAGGGUUUGUUACUACGCCAGAUGACCUCUGACCCACACCUGUCCAUGUACAAUGUGAUAGUGAUAGACGAGGUACAUGAGCGCCACAUUCACACAGACUUCCUGCUGGGGAUACUGCAGUGCCUCGUGCGUCACCGUGACGACAUCAAGGUCAUACUGAUGUCGGCAACCAUCAACAUUGAACUGUUCAGCAACUACUUCCAUGAUGCUCCAGUAAUUCAGGUUCCAGGUCGCCUGUACCCGAUAGAGAUGGAGUUCUGCCCUAUCAAGAAGGACUAUGACACUUCCAAGUCAGAAAGGCUGGACCCCUCUCCGUACCUGAGGAUCAUGCAGAGGAUUGAGAAAAAGUACCCGAAGACAGAGAGAGGUGACCUGCUAAUCUUCCUCAGUGGCCUGUCAGAGAUCAUGUCUGUGGUGGAGGCAGCCAGAGCGUACGCUCAGCAGACCAAGUCCUGGAUCAUCCUGCCCCUGCAUAGCGCCCUCUCUGUCGAAGAACAGGAGAAAGUGUUUGACAUCUCCCCGGAAGGUGUGAGGAAGUGCAUAGUGUCUACCAACAUAGCGGAGACUUCAGUGACCAUUGACGGUGUGCGGUUCAUCAUAGACUCGGGCAAGGUGAAGGAGAUGAGUUUUGACCCCAAGUACAAGAUGCAGAGGCUGCAAGAGUUCUGGAUCAGUCGGGCUAGCGCCGAGCAGCGCAAGGGAAGAGCAGGUCGUACUGGUCCAGGUGUGUGUUUCCGGCUUUAUGAGGAGAAGGAGUACGAGGGUUUCCAGGAGUAUACAACCCCUGAGAUCCAGAGGGUGCCCCUUGACUCCCUGGUGCUGCAGAUGAUCUCCAUGGGCCUCCCAGACCCCAGGAAGUUCCCUUUCAUUGAGCCUCCCAGUCUGGAGAGUCUGGAGAAUGCCCUUGUGUUCCUGCGUGACCAGGGGGCCAUACAUGAGGAUGAAACACUCACACCCAUAGGCCUCCUGCUCUCCAAACUUCCAGUGGAUGUCGUCAUAGGCAAGAUGCUCAUCAUGGGAUCUAUAUUUCAUAUGAUAGACCCUGUGCUGUCCAUAGCUGCAGCUAUGAGUGUCCAGUCUCCAUUCACCAGCAAGAUACACACAAACGUAGACUCACUGGCGGCCAGGAAGAAUCUGGAGUCUGACCAUGGAGAUCCCUUCACUCUGCUCAAUGCCUUUGAUGAGUGGAUACAGGUGAAAGCUGAGGGGCGUGGGACAAAGAAGUGGUGCAAGCGACGUGGUCUUGAGGAACAGCGCUUCUAUGAGAUGACUAAGCUUAAACGUCAGUUCAAGGAACUCCUGCAGGACCAUGGCCUGCUGGAGAAGGUGGAGGACAGUGAGCGCCACCUGUCCAGCCACGAGCGGCUACAGAAGCAUGGGGAACGCAAGCGUCUGGGUCAGCUAAGGAGAGAGCAGAGGAAUGAGAGCAAGAGGAGGAAGGUUCUCAAACUGGAGGGAGAUGACUUUGAGAUCAGUGAUGGUGAUGAUAAUGACAAGGACUCGGAUAUCAAGGACCUGGAGUUCAGACUGUCACACAAUCUGCAGCAGCUCCAGGAAACAUCCAAUGAGAGUCGUCACUUCACGCUGCGAGACAUCAACCUACUGAAGAUCAUCCUGUGUAGUGGACUGUAUCCCCAGGCUGCCAUUGCUGACGACUGUAACAACUUUAAGGCUAACUCAGAACAAGCUUUCCACACAAAGAACAAGCCCUUCUUGUUGUUGCACCCCACCAGUGUGUUCUCCUAUAAACCAGAGCUGUUGCAGCUAAAGAAGGAUCCAGGCAGUGAUAAACAUGACCCUGUUGACCUGAAAGGUUACCUUAGCAACAAACAUGAGCUGCUCACUUACGUGUCCAUCCUGGAGACCAACAAGCCAUUCCUGAUCAACACCAUGAGGGUACCUGCCCUCCAGACGGUCACUCUCUUCUCUAACUGCAUCGACACUAACGCAAACUGCACCAGACUGAUCUGUGAUGGUUGGCUGGAGUUGCUGAUACCCAAUGAGGAGGCUGCCCAAGAGGUCAUGUCAAGUGUGAUACAGCUGAGAGCCACCUGGCAGAACCUUCUUAAACUCAGGCUUGAGGACACCUUUCUGGCAAUGGAGUCAGAAAAGCGUGUGAGUGCGAGGGCUCGUAAGUUAGAGCGGACACUGGCCACCAAGCUGUCAGAGUUCCUGAGCAGCGAUGUCCGCUACAAGCUGAGGAGGGUGAUGGCUGCAGAGAUAAAGAAUGUCUAUGUGGGGGCAGAAGGCAUAGGUGAAGCAGUGAAGGAGGUGUUCGGACAUAGCGAGGGCAGUAAGCCACACCCAGUGAAAGGAGGUCUGCAGAUUAAUGAGUACCUUACACAUGGCUGCCUGGUAGAUGAUGGUACGGCCAGUGUGGUGGGAGAGUUCACAGUGCACAUGCAGCGUCACUGGACCUGCCCACGGUGUCAGGUCAGCAUGGUGGUCGCCAUAGCAGAAAGGCUCAAACAUGAGGCGCUGUGUCAGGCGCAGAACAUAACAGCCACUCAACAAGAGCAGGAUGCUGAGCUAUGUGAGGCUCGGGAGGGCCAGGUGAGCGCCCACAGGAAGCCCUACUACUGCACGGACUGUGAUCAGCAGCUGCACCUCAGUGUGGCUGAGAUACUCAAACACAGGAAGACUCACAGGACUGGAACUUGAUUCUGAAAAGGGGGAAUCUGGUGGGACAUAGCAUGGAAAAGGAACCAUAUACUGAAUAUCAACCUUCGUGGGAACCUUUCAUGUAUCAUUUAUGUGACCAUUCACUGAAUGGCAACUUGAACACCGGUAAAAUAGUCAAUGAAAUAUUAUCAAGGUUCAACUGUAUGGGAAAACAAACUAUCCAUAGAGUGGGAAUUUAACGGUUGUCUAUAUAGGAAUCUUAUGUUAUUUCAAUCGUAAAAGAGAUUUAUGCCAAAUGACACCAAAUUGGGUAAUGGUCACUGAGCAUAAACACAGAGUUGGAAUUUGUUGUGUUUUGCAAACUACUAGUAAGACGUGUUUGAAUUUACUGGUGUAGUUGUGAAACAUUGCAUUGCUAUAUGUCCAACAAGGAGAUGCUGCUAUGCACUUUUUCAAGUUGUUUAAAGAUAAAUGCAUGUAAUAUGGUCUGUCUUUAGAUCAAGAUCUGCGUGUUUUAAGAGAAUCAUUAAUGAAUGGUUAAACACUAUGGCAUGUGCCUUAAUUUUUUUAAAUGUAAAGGAAAUUUCAAUCAUAUAAGACGCUGUUCAAAGAUAUAAUAUCUGCCAUAUCUUCUUUGCAUAUGACAUGUCUAUAAAAAUGCAGAAAUAUUGUUAUGUUAAAUGUUCCUUUGAAAGUUUGUGUAACCAACUGCUCUUCUACUACCGAUCUAGCUCAAACGUUCCACAGAUGAAUUAAAGAAAUAAAUGUGUUGAUGAUUGAUUAAAUCUUUGUGUUCACUGUUGAAUAUUUACUUAAUUGAAUGUUCUCCACCCAACUCCUCUUAAACUGCAUUUCCGGUUUCCCUCAAACUUGUAAAGCUUAAUGUGAGGAUCAUCAUAAAAGAAUGUUGGAUUUGGAUGUGUCCGAACAUGUAAUGCAGAUGAAUUGAUGUCUAUCUAGUUAUACUU